UAAAAAAUAUUUAAUAACCGUACGGCGAUAUAAAAAAAGGUCGUUCAAUUUUUUAACUGACGGAUGUGACUCGAGGAAAUCGUCACGUUAAUCGUUUUAUUUAUAUUUAUGCUUUCGGUCGAGCAAUUCUUUAUUCCGAAACGAACAACACAGUCAAUAGUAUUCAAUAAGACUAGGUAGGUAUGCGUCGUUGUGAGCCGGACUGGGAUAUAGGGCAUUGCUGCUUUCGAGAUUCUUGCACGUUUUACAGAUGGAGCAACGUAAGGGAAUGGAGGAAGGAGAGCUGGCGUACCAGCUUGUUUGUUUCGCGGCAGUUUCUUUCGUUUUAUCAGCUACAGCUCUCCUUAGCAGUCUGAGUAAGCAGCUGAAACUGACAGCCGGAUAACGUCCGCAUUUAUAUGCGCCUACAUAUGUACUGCGUCCUUAAAACACGAAACUGUAAAUACACGCUGGAGACGAAAAAGGAAAACGUAUCAGUCAACAAAUAUCAUGCCGACGAUGAACUGCUUGAUUUAUUUUACAACCGCGCUGAUAAUAUCCCUCAAUCUCUUCUACGUGUACGCUAAAUACAGGCUGUCUUACUGGAGUAGACGUGGAGUGAAGAGCCCACCAACGCAUCUAUUAUUCGGCAAUUUUAAAGAGUGUCUCACUCUGCGAAAACCACCGGCUGAAAUAUUGCGCGAGAUUUUCAACAGUGCCGAUUCGGAUGAUCCUUACAUCGGCUUUUAUAUCUUUCACAAGCCCAUGCUGCUCCUGCGGGACCAUGAUCUUAUCAAACAGGUGCUGAUCAAGGAUUUCGAUGUCUUCCCAAAUCGACGAUUCGGUUCAGGCCUAGAGAGAGACGCGAUAGGUCUGUACAGCAUCCUAUCUAUAAAACAGCCAAAAUGGAGAUACCUGCGACAAAAGCUCACCCCUGUCUUGACUGGACAAAAAUUAAAGAAUAUGGUAUCAUUAAUGACAGAAUGCGGGAGAUUCAUGUUGAAUUUCAUCGAUAAAUUGCCCACGGAUGAAGCUGGUAGGAAAGAGUGGGAAGCAAAAGACAUGGGCAGUCGUUACAGCAGCGAUGUCAUGGCUUCCCUGGCGUUUGGAAUUAGUAUAAAUUCUUUCGACGAGAAAGAAACUGACUUCUUGAAACAUGGUAUGGACGUCUUCAGAGGAAUCACGCGCAACAUUAUAUUUAUUAUCAUGUUUUUUAUUCCCGAAUGGGAUUUUUUGACCGCACCAUUGAUUAAAAAAUCGGCAAACUAUUUUCGCGAGGUUUUCUGGGACUCCAUGAAUACCAGAGAAAAGCUGGCGUUCAAGAGAGGAGACAUGAUAGAUUCCAUGUUGGCGCUCAAAAAUGGAGAACAGAAUCCCAUUUACAAGUUCGAGGGCGACAAUUUACUGGCACAUCCCGCCAGUUUUUACACCGCCGGAUUCGAAACUACCGCGACGACAAUCGCUUUUGCCCUUUAUGAUUUGGCACGUUAUCCGGAACAUCAAGACACUUUGUAUAACGAGAUACAGACACACCUAACGGGAAAAGAAUUGACCAUGGAUCUAAUAAAUGAGCUAUCUUUCUUGGACAGCGUUAUAAUCGAAUCGUUGAGAUUACAUCCUCCUCUACCCGUUACUGAUAGAAUAGCUACAAAGAAUUAUGAGUUGCCAAAUACUGGAUUAAUAAUUGAAAAGGAUGUUCCAGUGUACGUUUCCAUAAAUUCAACAAAUCAAGAUCCCAAAUAUUUUUCAAAUUCGUGUGACUUUAUUCCGUUGAGAACAGAGAAUAAAGAGAACAAAAAGUUUUACGAAUCCUUGGCAUUUGGUAUUGGACCUCGAGCGUGUAUAGGACAAAGAUUGGGUCUAUUAAUUACAAAAGUGGCAUUAAUCAUGAUUCUCUCAAAUUACACUUUAUCUUAUAAAAGUACUUCAAGUGACAAUGAUGCUUUUCACGUAUUUACAUACGCAGCUAAUGGUUUAUACGUGAAAUUCAAAAAACGUAAUUAGGUUUUUACAUUUCUUGCUUAAAACCAGCUAUCUUUGAUUCAAUAGAAAUAAAGUAUAUCCAAUAA